GGCCCCAGAGUGCAUCGCGGGUACGUGCGCGCGCGGCUCCACUGCGGAGCGACCGCGGGAAAAUUCCAAAUAAGCCAAAACAAAACAAAAAGCCAGUACGAGGAAAAGGCUAACUUUCAAGCCACAGAACUCGGGAGGUGGCAGCCUUUCCGCCACUGUUCAAACUGCUGAAGCAGCUCUGGCGCGGACCACCCGGUCCCAACACUUUGAUAGACUGGACAUCCUGUGCAGCGCUGCCUGGGCCGGUGGCUCUUCGAAGUUGGGACUGCUUAAAUGCUCAGAUUCGAUGUGUGUUCACUGUUUCGUCCAGUGCAUGGCAGACCACUGUGAAGGUCCAUCACCUUUCUCCUUUUUCUGCAAUGGCUCAAGAUUUGGUAGCCCUUUCUUCUGAUUAUCAGUUUUGGAUGCAGAAGCUUUCUGUAUGGGACCAGGCCUCCACUUUGGAAACUCAGCAAGACACCUGCCUUCACCUACCUCAGUUCCAGGAGUUCUUGAGGCAGAUGUAUGAAGCCUUGAAAGAGAUGGAUUCAAGUGCAAUCACUGAAAGAUUCCCCACAAUUGGUCAGCUGUUGGCAAAAGUUUGCCGGAACCCUUUUAUCUUAGCAUAUGAUGAAAGCCAAAAAAUUCUAAUAUGGUGCUUAUGUUGUCUGAUUAACAAAGAUCCACGAAAUUCUGGAGAAUCGAAACUUAACUCCUGGACCCGGGGGUUGUUAUCUUGUAUACUUUCCACAUUCAGAUUUGAUAUAAAAGAAGUUGGUCUUUUUACUCACGGACUUGGGUAUGCACCCACAGCUUACUAUCCUGGUUUACUUAAAAAUAUGGUUUUAUCAUUAGUGUCUGAACUCAGAGAGAAUCAUCUUAAUGGAUUUAACACGCAGAGGCGAAUGGCUCCUGAACGAGUAACGUCUCUGUCACGAGUCUGUGUCCCACUUGUUACUCUGCCUGAAUUCGAACCACUGGUGGAGGCUCUACUCACCUACCAUGGACACGAACCUCAAGAAGUGCUCUGUCCUGAGUUCUUUGAUGCUGUAAAUGAGGCCUUUUUGCUGAAGAAGAUUUCUCUCCCUGUAUCAGCUAUACUCUGCCUCUGGCUCCGGCACCUUCCCAGUCUUGAAAAUACAAUGCUGCAUCUUUUUGAAAAGCUAGUCUUCAGUGAGAGAAAUUUCCUGAGAAGGAUUGAAUGCUUUAUGAAAGAUUUGUUACUGCCCGAAGCUGCCUGCCACCCUGCCAUAUUCAGAGUUGUUGAUGAAAUGUUCAGGUACGCGCUCCUGGAAACUGAUGGAGCCCUAGAAGUACUAGCCGCCCUUCAAGUGUUUACACGAUGCUUUGUAGAAGCUCUGGAGAAAGAAAACAAGCAGCUGAGGUUUGCAUUCAAGACCUACUUUCCAUAUGCAUCACCAUCUCUUGUCGUGACGCUACUCCAACACCCAAAAGACAUCCCACGGGGACUGUGGUCCCAGCCACUGAGACGUAUUUCUGAAAUGCUCCGAGAAAUAGUGGAAGGCCAGACUCACGGGUCCUACGGAGGCCCCUUUGAGAGCUGGUUUUUGUUCGUUCACUUUGGAGAAUGGGCUGACAUCGCGGCUGAGCAGUUGCUGAUGGUGGAGGCCGAGGCCGAAGCCCCUGAGGCCCUGCUGUGGCUCCUGGCAUUCAGCGGCAGCCCAGGCGCCGGGCGUCGGCAGAGAUCACAGACUAUGGCAGAGGUGAAGGCCGUGCUCGGCCGCCUCACGAAGCUGCUCAGGAGCCCGACCCUGUCGGCCAGGGACCUGCAGGCAGCAGCUGGAGGGGGCCGGGGUGGGGACCCCAGCCCGCCCGCUUGUGGGCAGCUCACCAGGCGUCUUCUCCUGAACUUCCUGCUCUGGGCCCCUGGAGGCCAUGCGGUUGCCCGAGAAGUUAUCACUCUCAUAGCGCAGACGGAUGCGAUAAUGCACGAGGUUAUUGGCUUUUUGGACCAGACUCUGUACAGAUGGGAUCACCUUUGCGUGGAAGCCCCGAGGCCGAGAGAACUGGCCAGAGAACUCCUUACAGAGCUGCGCGGGCAAGCCUAGCCCAGGCCAGUUCAUGAGGAAGCUGCCUGCAGGGCCUGCCUGAGGGCCAAGUGGUGGAUGAAAUGAUGGGGCUGCUGCUUAUGGCCGCAAGUUUGUAGACCGCGUACCCUCUGAGUUGUAAGAGUAACCCCUCAACAUCUUGGCAAGAUUUGUACAUAUUUUACAAAUGAGCAGACAGGUGCUUUAGCCUGAACUCAGUUCGAUUUACUCCCUUGUGACUAUAUUAUGGUUUCAGGGCUCCCUGUAUGCUCUCGGCCCAGAGGUUAGUUAGUGAAUCACUGAAGGUGCGCCUUGGAUGGGAGCACAGGUCUUUCUUUCCUUGCUUUUUCCCACAUCAAACCAAGAUGCGGAAGUGUUAUUUGGAUGUUUCAAAGUCUUUGGACCAAGAAAUUGUUCAUGAAGCACUGAUCAAUUUAGAAAGUAACUUAGCCCUUUUCCACAGAACUCUUUUUUUAAGAAGUCAGGUCACUGUCGGGAGUUCCCUUCGUGGC